CAGCCAUCUCCAUCCGCCUUCGCGCCCUUCCGUCAUUUUUUCCCCGCCACAGCUGCCCGCAACGGGAGUGCUCUCGCCCUACUUUUAGCCCUCGUCAACCAUGUCGUUUAUGCUGCCCCAAUUGACCACCGCCUGGGACGUGGACCGGUCAAUCUACCUUGAGGAGGACCGCGUUGUGGUCGUCCGUUUUGGUCGUGACGGCGACCCGGUGUGCAUCAAGAUGGAUGAAACUCUGUUCAAAAUCGCCGAGAAAGUCAAGAACUUUGCCGUCAUCUACCGCGUGGACAUUGACCAGGUGCCGGAUUUCAACAAGAUGUAUGAGUUGUAUGACCCAUGUGCGGUGAUGUUUUUCUUCCGCAACAAGCACAUGAUGGUGGAUCUCGGCACUGGUAACAACAACAAGGUCAAUUGGGCCAUCGAGGACAAACAGGAAAUGAUCGACCUCAUUGAGGUGGUAUAUCGUGGCGCCCGCAAGGGGCACGGUCUGGUUGUCUCGCCGAAGGACUACUCCACCAAGUACAAGUAUUGAGGCUGGGCCCUCGCCUGGAUUGCCCCUCUUGCUGCCGGGCAAAUAAUGGCGGCCCGUGUACCAUGCACAGCACAGGCGCAUGCGCCAGGCGUGCCAAGUGAAGAAAAAAGUAAAAACCCAAAUACAACUACCCUCCCACACAUGCGCAAAA